GACGAGCACGCGUCCCUCGCCGCCUUCUCCCCCUUGGUCUCGCGCUCCGCCCUGCCCGCCCUCGCGACCCAGUGCCUCGUCGCAGCCUUCGUCCUCACCUUCUACUUCUCGACCCUCCGCAACUCGCUCGCAAAGGAGCUCGGCGUCGCAGCUGGAGCCAGCAUCGCAGGCGGGUUCGGCAUCGUCUUUGCGUUCUGCCUCGUCGGCGCAAACGUCUGA